CGUCAGAAACUUUGGUAGACGGAUUUUUAAUCAGCAAGGGAAUCGAGGAAAAUGGAGUUAAGGAACAUCAGACAAGCUGCGAUCCCAUUGAGUGGUGGAGCAGACUUGAGGGCCGAAUGGCCUACUUCUGCUCCUGCGUAUAAUGGUCUUACUGUCUUAAAAAUCCAUCUGGUUCACCAGUGGUAAUUCCUGACACUAACCUUCAGUUCCAGAUUGUGAAACUCCAGAUUGUUAAAUUCCAGUUCUUUUGGUAUUAACAUUUUUGAUUUUUUUUAAAAGUAGUAAUCUUAACAAACAAGGACUGGCUGAACGUUUUCGUCAAGGCGACUUGGAAAGACUUAGAAUUCAAGCAACAAAGGACAGAUUUCCACUUAACAGCACCUUUUACAAAUUGAGAAUGGCACAAAGUGCUGAUUAAAGGAUAUGAACAGCAUGACUUUGUAUGUUCCCAAUGGCAAUCCACUGAAUUAGUUUACAUUUGCUAACUUUGAAUAGAAAACUGAAGCGUAGAAAUGUCAUGUUUUGAAAUGAAAUUGAUCUGUAGUCUGAUGUAAUACCAGUCGAUCACAUGUCUGAAGAAUUCGAAUGAUUACGUUUUCUUUAUUACAGUAAUCCCACAGUUGUCUUUAGUUUUGUGUUUGGCACACUGGAAUCUUGUGAUUGGUGUCGACAUCAAUCUAUCCAAGGGGAUUUACCAGGGUGUUGCUGGGAAUAGAGGGUUUGAGAUCUAAAAAUAGAUUGGCAAGACUGGGACUUUUUUCACUGGUGAGUAGGAGGUUGAAGGGUGACUUCAUUGACAUCUAUGGAAUAAUGAGGGUCAUAGAUAAGGUGGGUGACAAGGGUCAUUUCCUGAGGGUGGGGGAGUUCAAAACUAGGGGACAUAUUUUUAAGGUGAGAUUAAAAAUUCAAAAAGGACAUGAAGGGUAGCUCUUUUACACAGAGUUGUUUGUGUGUGGACUGAACUGCCAGAGAGUGGUGGAAGCAGGUAUAGUUACAACGUUUAAAAGUCGUUUGGAUAAGUUUGUGAAUAGGAUAGAUUUGAAGGGAUGUUGGCCAAGGACAUGGGCGACUCGGACUAGUUUAGAUUGGGAAUAUGAUCUGUAUGGACUGGUUGGACCAAAGAAUCUGUUUCCAUGCCGUAUGAUGCUGUAACUAUGUUUUGGGAAUAUACAAGGUCAUUGCACCAUGUUUAUAUUCUCUGUUCAACACUUGAUAAUUCUUGCUGAAAUUUUCUGCUUAUUUGGACCUGAAACAACUAUCGUAUACUUAACUCAAAUUGCUGAUUGGAAAAAGUGUUUGACAAUAAGCUCAUUCAGAACUACAUUUCCAAAUCCAAGUUUCUGUGGAACUGGAAUGAUAAGCUGUGAAAUAGUAUUUUUACAGAAUACAACCAUUUGUGGAACAACUGAAAUUAUUUUACUGCUGGCCAGCUGCAAAUCUCAGAGGAGCCAGUCUUAGUGGAAGCAUCAGGUGUCAAGGAUACAAAAAGGUUGAAAAAUCAAAGAUGUCUCCAAAAAACAAAAAACGUGGUGGAAAUGGAAAAUCAAUAGAAUUAUCUGAGCCAACUGCUAAAUCUGCUAAAAAAUCACUGGAUAACUCAACUGAAGAUGUAACAAUAGAAAGCUCAACUGAUGACAGUAGAACGGUAGCAAAGUCAUCAGGAGAGGAUAAGGGCAACAAAGAGACACACAGCUUUUGGCUGAUGAAAUCAGAACCAGAAAGUCGAAUUGAAAAUGGUGUUGAUGUGAAGUUUGGAGUUGAGGAUUUGAAGGCCCAACAAAAUCAGACUGCAUGUUGGGAUGGUGUUCGAAAUUACCAGGCUCGAAAUUUCAUGAGAGAUAUGAAGUUGGAACAGCUGGCCUUUUUCUACCAUAGCAAUUGUAAAGAGCCUGGAAUUGCUGCACUCAUCAAGAUUGUAAAGGAAUCUUACGUUGAUCACACACAGUUUGACAAGAAAGAUCCUCAUUAUGAUCCCAGAAGUUCAAAGCAAAAUCCAAAGUGGUUCAUGGUGGAUGUGCAGUUUGUGCGGAUGAUGAAACGUUACAUCUCUCUUGCUGAAUUGAAGCGAUACCAUCAAGAACACAAAACAAAGGAUGGUCCACUGAAAAACAUGGCACUGUUUACCAGAGCUAGGCUUUCUGUGCAGCCAGUAACCAAAGAGGAGUUUGACUUUGUCCUGAGCCUUGAAGACCAAAAGCCAGUUUAAAUGGAAGAAGGUGCAGACGGGAAAGUCAUCUUCAGCUGACCAGCUAUUACUUCCGUUUUGGGUGAACUGAACUAGUUCAUUGCAUGCAUGUAUUUAUCAAUAUCUGAAGCAAUACUUGUUUUCUUCCAUUGUGUGAAGUUGGGAUAGUUGGGCUGCUGAAUUGUAUUUGGACUUGAUUCUUCUGCAUUCAUGCAGUCAGUAUGCUUUCUACAGGGGACAAAUGCGUAUUAUCAUAUUAGGCUAAACACUCAACUUUAUUUUUCAGAAAAGUUUAUAUUGUGGUAAAAGAGCAACAGAAAAGUAGUCUGUAAACUAUAUAACUUGUUUUGAGAUUAUCUGCAUUACCUCAUUUCAGGAUUAUGGUUUAUCUUUCAUCUGCAGACAAAGUGCAGCAGGAGGGAAGCAUUAACUACCUAAACAAUCUAAUACAUCUAUUAUUUUUACUUUGAUGCAGCCAGAGAGAAAAAUAACUUUGCUGAAUGAACUUGUUAUUUUUAGAGCUUGUCCUUGGAAUGCUGAAUAAUUGAAUAAAUUUCUAAUAAAUGAAAA